GAACACCAUAAAUUUUUCAUACACACCGCUACCUUGCCCUUCAGAUAUACACUACCAGCCCCACCAAUACCACAACAAUCACCGAGCCCUCCCACCGGCACUACUCUCGGCCCUUUUCCCACCACGACUUCCCGCAACCCGCAAACACUUCCAAAUCCAGCACUAACCCACGUGACCCAACCCGUCAACAAGUCCACUUUGUUUCCCGUUACCUAA